UGAAGGGAAUAGGAAGACAGUAAGUUAGACCUGUAGGAAUUAUCUAGGGGGAGGAGAAUUUAAGGGUGUUGCCGGCAUAUGUGAAGGACCAGAGCCAAAAAGGACAGCAGGACACAUUGGUGAAUGAAAGGCGUUGCCUAGGACCCAAGCCUGAGUACAGGUGGGGAGCGGAUCUGACAGAACUGCUGGCCAGGUCACAUCAAGUUCGUUGGGUUGCAGGCGCUGGAGGAGAUGCCAAGAUGACUAAGCCUGUUUCCGGACUGAGGAAGCUCAUUGUCUGAAAAAAGUCCUGAAAGGUUGUGAUAAAGAUGACAUGGAAGGAGAGACAGCAGAAACAGGAGUCUCUCUACAUUUGAAGGAUCAUCCACAAGGAGGGAGAGAAUGAAGGUGAGGGAAAUGAAGUCACUGGUCAAGAAAUGUACAUUUUCUCAGAAAACAUUGAUACCAUAGAAGCAGCAAGGCACAAAACCAGGGACUGUUGAACCAGACGGCUCCAGAGCUUAAAGCUGUUCAUGGGAGGACACAGCCCUGCCAUCUUCACAGUCCUCCUCCAGGCCUUCCCCAGCCCCCCAGCUCCAGCCUCAGGAAGUGGAGCUGCUGAGAAUCUCUCCUCCAGCCUCGCCUCCUGCCGAGAGUGUCCUCCGCAGGAGCAUUUCCUGGCCUAAUUAAGCUGGGUAAUGAGUAGCUAAGAGGGAGGGGAUAAAAGCCCUAGGCGGCUUAGAGCUGGGACCGUUUAUGACAGGGGUGUCUGCAGCUGGUGACACUCUUAGGAAAGGUAUUUCUCAGAACCCUGGGAAGGUGCACGCUGUUGCCACAGCAGAGCGAGCCCCAAGGCAUCCCAAUGUCCAUGGGUGGCCCGCCAGGGCAGCCAGCCCUGCUCUCCCUGCUUUUGGUGGCAGCGAUGCCUUUCUCCUGCUCAGCCGUAUCCACAGAUGAAGCACGAGUGCAGCUGUUGAUGAGAGAGAAGAUGAUGCAGCUGGGGGGGCAGCUGGUGCUGACCGAGCAGGAGGAGCUGGCUAACGGGAGGCUCAUGGCCCUCAAAAAGGCCGAGGUGGCACAGGCCAUGAAGAGCCAGAAUUUCCCUCCCAGCAUGCACUUCUUCCAGGCCAAGGAUCUCAUCGAGAAAAGUGAGGUGUUUAAUCUCCUGAAGAAGAUGCCAAAAGGGGCUGCCUUACACGUCCAUGACUUCGGCAUCCUGAGCAUGAACUGGCUGGUGAAGAAUGUCACCUAUAGGCCCCACUGCCACUUCUGUAUCACCCCGAAGGGGGCCCUGAGGUUCAAAUUUGCUUAUCCAACACCCCCCACCCCAAUGCCAGCAGAGUGUUCAGAGUGGGUUUUACUGGAGAAGUAUCGAAAGGAGAUUCAGAACGUCACUGAGUUUGACAACGGACUGCUAAAGAAUUUCACUCUGAUGACUGAGAACCCCGACGUGGAUUAUGCAAACCAAAAUAUCGUCUGGUCCAAGUUUCAAACGAUCUUCUUCACAAUCUCUGGCCUUGUCCACUAUGCACCAGUGUUCAGAGACUAUGUCUUCCAGGCCCUGGAGGAGUUCUACCAGGACAAUGUGCUCUACCUGGAGCUCAGAGCCAUGCUGUUCCCGGUGUAUGAACUGAAUGGGACCAUCCAUAGUCAAGAGUGGUCAGUGAGGACUUACAGAGAAGUGGCUUCUUUGUUUGCAAAAGAGCAUCCCGGGUUUAUUGGAAUCAAACUCAUUUAUUCGGAUCACAGAAUAAAAAAUGUGUCCUUCAUCGUGAAAUCCGUCCAAACAGCCAUGAUGCUUCGAGCCAUGUUCCCCAGGAUGGUGGCGGGGUUUGACCUGGUGGGGCGUGAGGACACUGGUCACUCCUUGUAUGACUACAGGGAGGCUUUGAUGAUUCCCACCUUGCAUGGCGUUAAACUGCCUUACUUUUUCCAUGCUGGAGAGACAGACUGGCAGGGUACUUCCAUAGACAGAAACCUUCUGGAUGCUCUACUACUGAACUCUACCAGGAUUGGCCAUGGAUUUGCUUUGACCAAACACCCAGCAGUCUGGGCUGACUCCUGGAAGAAGAACAUCCCCAUAGAAGUCUGUCCCAUCUCCAACCAGGUUCUGAAACUGGUGUCUGACUUGAGAAACCAUCCUGCCGCUGUUCUGAUGGCCACUGGGUACCCCAUGGUGAUCAGCUCUGAUGACCCAGCUGUCUUUGGUGCCAGAGGCUUAUCCUAUGAUUUCUAUGAGGCCUUCAUGGGCAUUGGGGGAAUGGCGGCCGAUCUGAGGACACUCAAACAGCUGGCCAUGAACUCUAUCAAGUUCAGCACCUUGUUGGAUAUUGAUAAAAAGGCUGCCAUGAAAACCUGGGAGGAGAGAUGGAAUAUGUUUGUAGCCGACCUGGCAAGGAGGCCAAAGGGAGAAGCUAGCCGUUUAUUACCCUAGUCCUCUGCUCUCCUCUGCAAGCUGUUCUCACCUUCCAUCAGUAAUGCUUGAACCCACUUCAGUGUAGUUGCUACCUCCAUUUCUUCAUCAGAACUAACCUCAUGGAGGUCAUCAAUGGCCUCCACAUUGCUUGACCUCUCAGAAACACUUAAACAGUCUACCAAAGUCAUCUUUUUGAAAUAUCCUUUUCUCUCAACCUCAGUGACAUCAACUCUUUUGGUUUCCUCCUUUCUCUCUGGCCAUUGCUUCCAGGGUGCCUUUUCCAGAUGCUCUUCUCUAUCAGAUCUCUGUGUUGCAUUUCCUCAGGGCUUAGUUUUGCCUUUCCUCUGUUCAUGUCUCUGCUUCUCUCCUCUUCUUUUCUCUCUCACUCUAUAGUCUUUUCCUAAGUAGUCUCAUCCACUCCUUUGCUUUUAAAUACCAUUUAUUUGCUGAUGAUUACCAAUUUAUUUAUUCAUUUGGAAGGUUCACAGGAAUCUCAAAACCUACUAUGUGCAAUUCUGAACUCUCAAUCUCUUCCCUUUCAACCUUUUCCUGAUCUUUCUCAUCUUGGUAAAUGGCAUCUCCAUCCAUUCCACCCAGUUGCUCUACGUAGAAUUUUUCAGUGAAAUUCUUGAUACUGCUCUCUCUCCUGUUCCCUACAUCAAAAUGUAUCUUGACUCCUCCAUGCCUCUCUAUCUGUAUUGCUGUCGGCUGAGUUCAAGCCACUAUCACUUCUUGUCUGAGUUACAAUAGCCUCCUAACUGAUCUCUCCUUUCUUCUCUUUGCCUUCUUCAUUUCAUUUUUCACAGAGCAAUGACUUUUCAGAAAUUAAAUCAGGUUACUAAUGGCUUACGACUCAGUGCACUUAGAAAAACCCAAAUGUUUCAACAGGGCAUAUAGCAUCCUCUUUAACCUGGAUCCCUUCCAGCAUCAUUCUACCCCGGUCUCCUCUAGUGUACCAGAUUCUGGCCACACUGGUCCUUUGUUUCUCAAAUAUCCCAAACUCUAUGCUGCAUCAGAGUCUUUUUCUCAUUCUCUCUGCCUGGGAUAGUCUUUCUUUCCACUUUUGUCUAACUGACUCCUGUUUACCCUUCAGGUUUCACCUUUAAUGUCACUGUCUCAGAAGUUUCCUAGACCCCCUAACCUGUUAAUAUCUCUCAUGGCACCUUGCUUUUUUCCUUCAUGACUCUUAUCAUAAUUUGUAAUUAUAUAUUUAUUUCUCUGUUUAUGGUUUCCCUCCACCAGAGUGUAAGAUCCAUGUGGGCAGGUACUAAUGAUUGUUUCCUGUACACUGUGAACCCAGAGCCUAACUCCAUGCCCCAAACCUAGUCAGUACUCAAUAAAAGAUAUGUUAAAUGAAUGGAUAUAAUAUUGAGCUGGUUGCUGAAGCAGGAGGGAACACAGCAGAGUCUCCCCAAAGAAAAGACCUCAUAUGAUCCAAUUCUGGCUCCUAGCCUGGUCUUCAGGAAAAGGAAGGCAAGAAACUAGCCCUGUCUUUACUUGACUAAAGGAAGAGAAGGAGGAUCAAAGAAUUCCUUAGAAGUUGUAGGUGGAUUCAAGUGUCUUCUCAUCCAUCACCCAUCACCUGCACCUGAGCUCAAAGGCAGAAGCCAACACUCUUCUCCGUUAGUAGUUUAUCACUGUUUGGGUCAUGACACUGGAAAAAGUCUUGCUGAUUACGUGUCCUCAACCACAGGCUGGUACCCAGAUGGAACAGUCUUUGAUUUAUUGCCUUAGCCAAUCCCAGGAGAUGGUACAUAGGUCCCAACUCAGCUGACUUAUAUUUAAUAAAUGGUGAAAAUGGAACUUAGCAGAAUGGACUUCUGUAGCAAGUUGUCAUGACUACAGGGGUCUCCCAGGAGUGUAAGGUCUCUGACCCAGACUUGGUGUGAUCUCUGAUUUGGCAAACUAAACCAGCUACUAGUCUUGUCUUCAUGCCUGGUUCAAUAGGCUGAGACCUAGCAGAGAACUAGAAACAUCAACAGAACCAGAUGUUAAGAAGAUCUGGGAAACAGGUUGUAGCCCCCUUGGAACUAAGUAAUAUUUCUGCCAGGAGUUGAGUCGUUAAAUCUGAUUUCACUUAUUCCUCCUGUAGGACUUCCCAGAAGGUACCCUGGCAUAUGUUUUUUUGGGAAAACUUGUGUGUUAAUUGAAUUUUUGUAAAUGAAAUCAUGCUGCACCUGGGGCCUUGCUAUUUAUUUAAAGGAA